AAUUUUGUUCCCCUUUGCAGGUAUCAGCAGUAAAGCCUCAGUUGGAGAGUCUAAACAACACAAACUUGGGUUACCUGGUGACGAACCUGUCCCGCGUAGCGAUGACAGUGGCCUCGCAGACUUGGGUACUCACUAGCGUCAGCUCCCUCAACGCCUCCAUCACCAGCAACACUAACACGGUGAGAAGUUUGCAAGGCAGCGUGGGUCGCCUCUCCACCACCCUGGAGCCGCUGGUCAACAACGUGUCGCGCCUCGCUAAUCAGGUCUCCCUCAUGACCCCAGAAAGCAGCCGGCAGCGUCUCCAGCAGCUGAACACCCUCCUGGCCUCCCUCCAACAGACAACAAGCCAGACGCAACUGAGUCUGCAAGAUGUGAUCCAGCGGACGCUCCCCACCCUGCAGCAGAGCCUGGCGGGCCUGAGUGUGGAGGUGAACAAUCUGCCAGAGCUCAGGAACAGACUGCAGGCUCUCGAGAGAAGGAUCAACGUCACUAGCACCACCACAGGCACUGUUAACAUUACUUCGGGGAACUACUUAGCCACCUUAACUACACUGCAGCGGGAGGUGUUCCAGAUCAAGUCCCAGCUGCUGACAGAUGAGUGUGCCUCGGGUCCCUGCCAGAAUGGAGGCACCUGCAUUGACGGCUACCUCAAGUUUACGUGCUUGUGUCCUAGGGGUUGGCAGGGAGGUGAUUGCAAUCUGGAUUCAGAUGAGUGUGUGCAGUACGCUGGCACUGAUCUUGGUUGCCAGAAUGGAGCCACCUGCAUCAACAUUCCAGGCUCCUUCAGGUGCAUGUGCCCCUCUGGCAAGUUUGGUGUCCUAUGUGACCAACAGAGUGGCAGCUGCACACAGAGUAGUGGUUCAGCCCUGUGUGGCAGCCAUGGUACCUGUGUCUCCUCUAGUGGCCAGCAUGGCUACACCUGCAUCUGUGAAGAGGGGUGGAAGUCACAGAACCUAGGCAGCGGCCCAACAUGUGUUGAUGUAGAUGAGUGUGCCAGCCAGAUGCCCCACUGUUCCAGCAGUCCAGCUGUUCAAUGUGUUAACUACCCUGGGGGUUUCACCUGUGGCCCUUGCCCUCAAGGGUUCAGCGGAAAUGGUUUUGUGUGUAAUGACAUUGAUGAAUGUCAGAUUAACAAUGGAGGCUGUUCUCCCUUCAGCCAGUGCUACAACACUUAUGGUGGUAGGCGGUGUGGGCCAUGUGCUUCCGGCUACACUGGGGAUGGUACAACUUGCACCCCAAGCCUGCGGCCGUGCCAGACAGCACAGUGCCAUCCCCUCGCCACAUGCUAUGAAAACGCACAAAUAUCACCAUCGUACUACCAGUGUGUGUGUCCACAAGGCUACCAGGGCAGUGGCAUGGGACCAUAUGGGUGCACACCUACGCAGGGCACAGGAGGUCAUGGAAUACCAACUAAUUGGUGCUCCAGUCAGCCCUGCCUCAAUGGGGGAACCUGUAGCCAGAAUGCCUAUUCCUACACAUGUGUCUGUGUCCCAGGGUACACAGGUCAGAACUGUCAGCUGGAUAUAGACGAGUGUGCCAGCAACCCCUGCUUGAAUGGCGGUACCUGCACUCAGGGCCUCAACUCCUUCACAUGCACCUGCCCAUCCUCGCACACAGGCGAUCACUGCCAGACUGAGAACCAACAGUGUGGCGGAACACUGAGUGGCAAUGGGGGAAUGGUGAGUUUCCCUGGUUUGGCUAAUGCAAUGUAUAACCACAACAUGAGCUGUGCCUGGAUCAUUGCUGUUCCCCGAGGUCAAGUCAUCAACAUCACCUUCAGUUACUUUCAUCUGGAGGGCAGCUAUUGCCAUUUUGAUUGGCUGCAGAUCCAUGAUGGACCCAGCAGCCGUAAUCACCUUAUUGGACGGUACUGUGGCACCUCUCUCCCAGGUAGCAAUGGCACAAUCAUCACCACCCAUAAUGCAGUGUAUUUGUGGUUCCGCUCCGAUCAUUCUAUGGCUGGAUAUGGUUUCAACUUUAUUUGGAAUGCUACUGAUCCAGUGUGUGGUGGUGAUCUGCAUGGUCAUGAGUAUGGGUCCUUCAAGUCUCCUGGCUACCCAGGCCACUAUCCUGUUGAUCGAGACUGCUACUGGACUAUCACUGUCUCGCCAGGAAAGAGAAUCAAAUUUCAUUUUCCAACUCUACAGUUAGAGCACCAUCCAAACUGCAGUUUUGAUUUCCUGGAGAUUCGUGAUGGUCUAACAGAGAAUGGCCACAGUUUAGGGAAGUAUUGCUCCUCUGUGACACCUGAACCCCUUACCACCUCAGGCUCAGAGGCUUUUGUACACUUUCACUCAGACUUGUCCCUCUCUGACACUGGUUUUCUAAUUUCUUACAGUGCUGAGCCAGGAAUCCCAGGAUGUGGUGGCCUCCUCACCAGUGAUCAAGGGGAAUUCUCAGCUCCCACAAUCUCUGAUUCCUAUGAAAACAACCUUCACUGUGAGUGGGUGAUCCGAGUGCCCCCUGGAGAGACGGUGCAGCUCAAUUUUACUGAAUUUCACCUGGAAUCCCACCAUGCCUGUCGCUGGGACUAUAUAGAGAUAAGAGAUGGUGGCAGUGCAGACAGUCCCCUUGUGAGGCGAGCAUGUGGCACUGACCUGCCCUCCCCUGUGGCAUCAACUGGCCGACAGCUGUACAUCCUCUUCCACUCAGAUUACUCGGUGUCACGUCCGGGCUUCAGGGCACUGUACCAAGUGGCUUGUGGUGGAGAGUUCACGGGAGACACGGGGCUCAUUCGUUCCCCAUACAACCCACAGCCAUACCCAGGCAAUCGGGAAUGUAUUUACCUCAUUAGUCAGCCAGUUGGGAAAGCCAUUAUCCUCAAUUUUACCUUCUUUGACAUUGAAGGCUCAUUUUGGGGACACUGCUUGUUUGAUUAUGUGGAGCUUCGCGAUGGUAGGCGGGACACAUCUCCAUCACUGGGCCGUUACUGUGGUCCUGAAACUCACCGUCCAAACCCAAUUGUGUCCACACAUAACUAUAUGUGGAUCAAGUUUAGGACAGACGGCAGCAUCCAUGACCGUGGUUUUGUUGCAAAUUACUCCACAAUUGACACAAGAUGUGGUGGAGUGCUCACUGCAAUAACAGGAGUGAUCACUUCUCCCAACAGCCCCCAGACUUACCCCACCAACACAGACUGCCGCUGGGUAUUGGACCUUCCCCCCAGCUAUGUUAUUCAGAUUACCUGGCAGUCUUUCUCCUUAGAGCACCACACUGACUGCCAAUAUGAUUACAUAGAAAUCUUUGAUAAUUCCUCCAUUCCUGGUCAGAGUGGACGCAUGGGCAGUCGUUUUUGUGGUUCCGCUCUUCCACCUAUCAUGACGUCUUCAGACAACCUGGUCACUAUCCACUUCCAUUCAGAUUCAUCUGUUAAUCAUGAUGGAUUCUCUGCAGUCUAUCAUGGCCUGGAUGCCACUCGAGCAUGUGGGGGUCACUACCAUACUGAGACGGGUAUCAUCACCUCCCCUAACUACCCGAACAACUACCCUCACUCUCGCACAUGUGAGUGGACCAUUACUGCUGUCAGGGGACACCAGAUUCACCUCACUUUUCUGGAUAUGGAGGUGGAACCUUCUACACACUGUACAUAUGAUGCCCUUGAGGUCAGAAAUGGUCGAUAUGCCACCUCACCACUGCUUGGAAAGGUGUGUGGAAUGAAUACAACAGUACCUGAUAUAUACUCUCACAGUCAUCAGCUUUACCUCAAGUUCACUACUGAUUACUCUGUGACCUACCGAGGCUUCAAGUUACAGUGGGACUCAACAACUUUAGGUUGUGGAGGGUUGGUGACAGGAGUGACUGGUGGCAUCAUUUCUCCCGGAUAUCCUCAGCCUUACAGCCACCUCAGUGACUGUUACUGGACCAUCCGUGUGGCUCAGGGAUCUUUCAUCAAACUUCACUUCACUGACAUGGACUUGGAAGCCUCAAAUGAGUGCACUUAUGAUUUUGUGGAGGUACGAGAUGGCAGUACACAGCAUGCACCUCUCAUUGGAAAGUACUGCUCUCAGGGGCAAGGCAUAAUAGCAAUCAAUUCAACCUCCAACACCCUUUGGAUAAGGUUCAGAGCUGAUACACAUGUUAAUGGCAGGGGCUUCAAGGCCACGUAUGUGACUGAAUGUAAUCAGAGGUUGAGUGGACCACGAGGGGUGAUCACGACUCCCAACUUCCCUGAUCCAUACCCUCACAAUCGUAACUGCACAUGGAUUAUUGAGGCACCACGAGGGAACUCCAUCAAUGCCUCUUUUAGUGACUUUGUCUUGGAGGACUCAAUGAAUGAAGAAACUGGUGAAUGUUACUAUGACUUUGUGGAGAUACGGGAGGCUCAAGGUUUAUAUGGUACCAGAAAUCAGCUGGGACACUACUGCCGCCGCCUGCCACCCCCUGUUGCCACCUCUGCCCGUAAUAACAUUCUAGAGAUUAAUUUUAUCAGUGACAUGAGUGUGGCCAUGAAUGGCUUCAGACUGGAGUGGAUUGUUAAUGGGUGUGGAGGAGAGUUGACCAAGCCCUCAGAAACCUUCACCAGUCCUGGAUAUCCCAAUGCCUACCCAAGAGACACAGUGUGUGAGUGGCACAUCCAUACUGAUCCAGGCACAAGGAUCCAGAUCACCAUAAAUGAAAUAGACAUUGAGAGUGCAACAGAUUGUGUUUAUGAUGCUCUUCAUGUGUAUGGUGGCAGAGACAACAGUUCCCUAUCCCUGGUUUCUCUGUGCCAUCACCAGACACACCCAAUUACUGUCACCACCCAGGGCAACCAUGCCUUCAUCUCCUUUGAGAGUGACCAUUAUGCAAGAGGAAAGGGAUUCAACAUCUCUUACAUCACUCUCCAUGAUGGUUGUGGGGGUCGCUUCACAGCCCCUGAAGGCUCCAUCCACUCUCCAAACUAUCCUGACAAUUACAACAAUGAGUCAGAUUGCACUUGGACCAUAAAGAUGGAUCCAUUGCAUGUGGUUGUGUUGAACUUCACUGACUUUAAUGUCCAGUCCAGCUCAGCAGAGUGUGAGGGAGGAUUUGUGCAGGUGUAUGAUGGGGAGGAUGUUGAUGCUUCCUUACUUCUGCAACACUGUGGAAGUUCUUUGCCACAGCCCACACUGCUGCAGUCUACAGGCCCCUCCCUUACUGUGAGGCUCAAGGCAGAUGGGCAGACUCCUUCCAAGGGCUUCUUUGCAUCAUACAAAAGAGGUUGUGGGGCAUCCAUAGCAGUGGCUGCAGAUGGAAAUGGUGAGAUCAAGUCCCCUAAUUUCCCAAACUAUUACACCUCUGGCCUGAACUGCUCCUGGCAUCUUAAUGCACCAGAAGGUUCUCGGAUGCAUCUUCAUAUUGUUCACUUGGAUAUGCACCAUCGUCACCAGUCUAAUGAAAACUGUACUUAUGACUACUUGGCGGUGCUGGAUGGGGCCCUUUUGGAUUCCCCUGAGCGUAGUCGUUUCUGUGGUUCCUACUCACCAAGACCCCUUGUGUCCAGUGCCAACCACCUCACCAUCCAUGCUAAGAGUGACCCUGGUGUCUAUGUCAGUUUCAGGGCUGUGUAUAGCACACUCACCUCUACAUGUGGAGGGGAUCUCACUUCAGUCUCAGGGGAGCUGGCCAGCCCACGCUAUCCUGAACCAUAUCCAGUUAACAUUGAGUGUGUGUGGACCAUCGUUGCUGGUCCAGGUAAUCAGUUACAGCUCAACUUCAUUGAAUUUGAUGUGGAAGAAUCCAGUGGCUGCAACCAAGAUUAUAUAGAGGUGCAUGAGAUGAAUCCUGCAGGUCCUCUUCUCCUCCAUAAUUGUUCCUCCUCCACUGGCUCCACCCUGCCACCCUCCAUCACUGUGCAUGACACGCUUUGGGUCAAAUUUCGUUCUGACAGUGUGUCAGCAGGUGGCCAUGGCUUCCUAGCCUCCUACAGCAUCUUGUUUGGGAGCCAGAUAUAUGGAAAUGAGGGUGAAGUGGUGUCCCCUUUGUACCCACAAAGAUACAUGGGCUCACAGGAUGUCAGCUGGACCAUCACGGUACCAUGGGGCAAGUAUGUGUCCCUCACCUUCCUAGACCUAGAUGUGGAAGGUGACCCAGUGGAGGGUACAUGUUAUGCAUCCAUUGUGAUCUAUAAUGGAGGUUCAGCACGAUACAGUCCUGUUCUAGGUACAUAUUGUGGACACCAGACACCCAGUGAACCCAUCGUGUCUAGAUGGAGGAGGGUUUUGGUACACCUCAAUGCCCAUCACCUCCAUACUGGGUCAAAGUUCCGUUUCCAGUAUCAGGCGGUAGAUACAAGAGGGGAACUGGGUGUCACACAAACAGCAUCAGACAGAAACUGCACAUUUGUGGUGACACUGAACUCUACAGCAACAUACAUAAGACAUCCUGGCUUCCCAUUACCUCCAGCUAACAACUUGAACUGUGAGUGGUUGGUUCAGGCACAGCACCAUGAGCGGAUCUACAUUAGACUACAUUACAACCUGGAGGAAUCUUCAACAUGUCAAUAUGAUUACAUCAUUAUUUAUGAUGGUUUGAAUGGUGAGGCAAAUUGGAAUGAGACAGCCAGACUGUGUCGCCGAGAGCAGCAGCCUUUCUGGUUCACCUCCAGUGGUCGGUUGCUUCGCUUUCGCUUUAUCACAGAUUCUUCCAUUCCAAGUACAAGGUUCUCAGCAUUGUUAAGGACAGUGUGUGGUGGAAACCUGCAUCAGCCUGAGGGGUACAUCAGCUCACCUGGCUAUCCAGAAAACUACUUCAGAAAUCAAGACUGUGUAUGGGUCAUCAAGGUUGGCAUUGGCAGAACCAUACAACUUGAAUUCACUGAUUUCAAGAUUGCAAACUCAACUCCCACAUGUGAUGAUGAUUACCUCCUGAUCCAGAAUGGGGAGAGCACCUCAUCCCCUUUCCUGGCUGGUGGCAAAUUCUGUGGCUCUGUCAUCCCUGCUCCAAUAGAGAGUACUUCAAAUGCUCUCAGGAUCAGAUUUGUGUCUAAUUUUGCUGAUUCUGACAAAGGCUUCAAGCUGAUAUACCAUGAGCUGACAGAUGCAUGUGGGGGCAGUCACCAGCUCACAUCAGACUUUACAAGUGUCACCAUCACCAGCCCCAACUAUCCCAGCUCUCCACACCCCCACACUGAGUGCUCAUGGGUUAUCUCUGCACCACCAGAGAAGAGUCUGUCGUUACAUUUUGAGGAACAGUUUGAAGUCCCAAGUUACUUGGGAAACUGUGAUCAAGCUUUUGUGGAGGUUCGGGAUGGAGGAACUCUUUUCUCCCCACUGCUUGGGAGGUUUUGUGGAAACUCCCACCCAGAAACACAGCACACCACUGGAGAUGUUCUUUUUGUACGUUACUUCAACAACCUCACGCAACACCAUGCUGGAUUCAAAGCCCAGGCUUCUACUGAUGUCUGUGGAGGAACCUACAAUGUGGAGGAGUCGAGGAUCUUCACCAGCCCGGGCUACCCCAUGCCUUAUGGUGCCAACCUGAACUGCACCUGGAAGAUUGUAGCCCCUCUUGGGCACUACCUCACAGUUUCCUUCCUGCAGGUGGAGAUAUCUAGUCCAGACAACAACUGCACCAGCAUCAAUGGUUUAUUGAAAAUCAGAGACCUAAAUUCCACAGGUGAGUUGUUGGCCUCUGUCUGUGGAUCUCCCAGGGAGGUGGCAUCCAUCCGCACAUCUGCCAAUACAGCAUAUGUCACCUUUACAUCUGAAUCAAAUGAUGGAAAGAAGGGAUUCAGGAUAAUGUUCAACAGCAGUCAUGAAGUUUGUGGUGGUCUGAUGUCUGGGCCUGAAGGGGAGAUACGCUCUCCUGGGUACCCACAUGGAUAUGCAGCUCAGCGUUUGUGUGAAUGGCUCAUCACUGCACCUCCUGGCAAGAGAAUUAAAUUGGAGUUCUUAGACUUUGAUCUUCAGGGAAGCUCUUCAGCAAGGAGACGAUACAUGUGCAGAGAUCACAUUGAGAUUUGGAAUGGACCUUAUAAUAAUGCACCAGUUAUGAACUUCAUUUGCAAUCGACUGAGAUACCAAAGUUACAACUCGAGCACAAAUAUUAUGAGUGUGGUAUUUCGUACACGAGGGCAUUCUAAUGGCCGGGGCUUCAGGCUUCGCUGGACCUCAGAAGAUCCACAAGAGUGUGGUGGGGAGCUGGACAUUGCUGGUGGGGAAUUGUCUGGUCCUGAGAGGAACAACUUCACCCGUAACACACAUUACUGCCGCUGGACGCUGAACAAUCCAAACCCUGUCAAUUCCUCCUUUGUUAUCUCCUUUAGCCAGCUGGAAAACUUUAAUGGUUGCUUCUCCUAUAUUUUGUUUGAAGGAGAGAACAGUGAGGGUCAGCAAGUGACAGUGAAGAAGGUCUGUAACACUGACACACAACUAAUUGCUGUGCCUUACCACUUGCUCAGGAUCACCUUCAUCAAGGUGAGGUACCAAUUUAGAUUCCUUAACUGGACCCUGAGUUACUCCGUCAGCCCUUGUGGUGGUGUGCUGCGUGGCCCUCAGAAUAUCAUCACCUCCCCUCACUUCCCUUCUAACUACCCCAACAAUGCCCACUGUGUUUGGCUCUUCCACUAUGAAGAAGGGGAACAAAUUGAUUUCCAGUUCACAUCCUUCAAUCUUGAAAAUGCUGUACACCAUGACUAUGUAAGAGUUUUCAAUGGUCCCCGUUUGACUUCCCCGCUGCUGGGACGCUACACAGGCAAUGAAAACCCAGGGAAUAUUGGACGGUCCAUGACAAACAAUGUUCUUGUUGAAUUCCAUACAGAUGAUUCCACCACGAGACAGGGCUUCAGGGCUGUGGCUGCCAGGCACAUAAGAGGUUGUGGUGGUAAGUUCCAUGGACUGAGAGGAAAUUUCUCAUCUCAUGGCUUCCCAGAGAAUUAUGAGGCCAACACAGAGUGUGAGUGGGAGAUAGAUACUCCUGCUGGAUACCAUGCUGUCAUCUCCUUCACCACACAGUUUGAUGUGGAGACAAGCAGCAACUGUCAGAAUGACUAUGUGCAAGUGUAUCAUGCUGAACAGGCAGAGCCUCAUGCACCUAUAACAUGGGUCAGUGAUAGAAGGUUGUGUGGCAAGCAGCUGCCUCAACCCAUCAACUCAAGUGGUAGCCGAGUAAAACUUCUCUUCCACACCAAUGGGGAUGUACAGGGCAGUGGCUUCCAGGCAUCAUGGCUGAUGCUGUGCGGGAACAAUUACACCCAAGCAAGUGGUUAUAUGGUGACCCCAGGUCAUCCAAACAACUACCCACCCUAUGCUGACUGUGACUAUCGCAUUGUUGCUGGCAGGGAGGAUUUUAUCCACGUCCACUUCCUCAGUUUUGAUCUUGAAAAUGCAAGGAACUGCAGGUAUGAUCAUUUGACGGUGAUGGAGGAACAGUCGGGGCAAUCUUGGGGGCCUUACUGUGGCAGGGAUCUGCCUCACAACAUAACAACACGGGGCUCCACCCUCUUCAGAUUCCACUCAGAUUUUUCCAUCGAGAAGUUAGGCUUUGUUGCCAAAUUUGAUGUUAAAGAAUGUGGUGGAAACUUGACUGCCCCAGGAGAACUUAGCUUGCCAACACAGUCAUAUUACCAAAACCACAUGCUGUGUGUAUGGGAUGUGACAGCUCCAGAAGGGAAAGUCCCACAUAUCAAGUUCCAGCACCUUGUACUUGAAACCCACCACCGGUGCAGCUUUGAUAGCAUCAGUGUGUAUGAAGGACAUUCUUCUGCCCAAGAUAAGCUUGUGGCUCGGUUUUGUGGCAAUCACACUCUGGAUCUGCCAGUAGUGACAACUCAUGGGAACAAGGCACGAGUUGUAUUCUCCUCUGAUCACUCAGUUACAUUGGAGGGCUUCAGGGCCAGUUUGGAGUUCACAUAUGCUUGUGGUGGGAAUGUGAACAUCUCUGCUGAGGGAGCUUCUCACAUCAUCAGGUCCUUCUCACUUAGCAACUCUGUGAAUUAUGAACCACUGCUGCAGUGUGUGUGGCUGGUGGAAGGUCUUGAGGAUCAUGUGGUGACUUUGACCUUUACAAGACUUCAACUAGAACCACCAGAUGUAAAUGACACUGAGCCUUGUCCAUAUGACCGUGUUGAGAUCUAUGAUGGACCAUCCUCCAAGUCAGACUUAAUAUCCACCCAUUGCAACACUUCCACUGUUCCCUUUAGUGUGUCUUCCUCUACCAACCUGAUGUACAUCCGCUUCAUCUCUGACAGCAGUCAGGAAUUCCCAGGCUUCACUGCCACACUCACGAACACACCACAUCCCUGUGGUGCCUCAAGUCUCCAUGCCACCAAUGAGUCCCAGGUGCUGCAGUCCCCUGGCUACCCUAACCAGUACCCAUUGAGUACCCGCUGUCGCUGGAUUAUUUCAGCCUCUGAGUUGGAUGAUGAUAUUCACCUUGAAAUUAAUGAGAUGAAUCUAGAGACAUCCCGACUUUGUUCCAAAGAUCAGCUCUACAUUUCGGAAUAUGUCCCGCUUCAGUCGGAGUCUCAUCUCAUACAUUCUGGAUCCACCUCACGUUACCCAUUCUUGCUCCCAGGAGGCAGAAGGGUGUACUUCUUUUAUGGGAAUUGGUUAAGGCAUGGGUACUGUGGCAGCACCAUCCCCCACCACCUCACUUCCUCUACCAAUGCUGUUGAAUUGAGGUUCAUUAGUGAUGCUUCCAUAGUCUCCUCUGGCUUCCGACUGCACUAUUCAAUUGGAGGCUGUAACAGAACCUUCAACAGUACUUCUGGAACUGUCAAGUCGAGACAGGCACAUGUUUGUCAUUCUACCUUCCUGGCGCCAGAGGGAUCCUUCAUCAACCUCUACUUUCGCAUGUCAUACAUUUAUACAAGAGGCGAAAACUGCACCACCAGCCACUCUAUGAGGGUCUAUGAUGGUUUAGAUACCUCGGCUCCACUGCUGUUGUUCUUCUGUGGGUUUCGUGUGGCUUUGCCUGUGUUUUCAACAGGGAAUGCACUCUACUUAGAGUUUACACGACAGUGGAGUGGACACUUUGACCUUACGUAUACUACCUCAACGCAAGGAGGUGGUUGUGGUGGGACAAUGCAUGUCAGUUCUUCGGCUAUACUAACCAGUCCAAGUUAUCCAGGACCUGCUGGUCCCAACCUAGACUGUGUCUUCACCCUCACAGUCCAGCCUGAUCAGCAUGUCAUUCUCCGAUUCCAAAGAAUUGACUUUGGUGGAGCUGAUGGCUGCAACAGUACUUACUUGGAGAUGUAUGACAUGAGUUUGUCUGGGCAGCCCAUUCUGUUUAACACUUUCUGUGGAGAGGAAGGGAGGACAGCCAUCCACAUGGCACCAAGCAAUAGCAUGGCAUUGCGCUAUGUAACAGGUGCCAGUAACAUUACUGGUCAGGGAUGGAAAGUCAGGAUCAAACAAGGACAGCCUCAUGAAUCUACAGCAUUUGAUGAAGAAGAAUGAAGGAGAGAAGAACAGUCAUGUCUGUGCAUCACUUUAUCAACACUUUUCUUGUAAGUCACUUAAGGACAUCAUAUGGUGCUUCAGGUGAUGAUUAUUGUAAUGUGUUGCCACACUGUCCAUUCCCUCUAUUAGUUCUCUUCAGUAUUUUGAACACUGCUGAACCAGUCAAGUAGAUUAACCUAGAAAUGUAUGUAUGUAAUAGUUUACAGUUGUUUUUACCCAGCUAUUUGAUUGCUAUUUUUUAAACCUUUUAUCAAUACCUAUAGUUGCCCAACAUUUAAUGAAUUAAUUUUUGAAUGAUUAUAUCAAGAAAUUAUCCACCCAUGUUCUAUCCCGUAUUAUAAUCAAGUGUUGACUGCAUAACCGAGCCUCAUGCAAUAUUUUGGUUGUGUAUGUUGUAUCUCUAACAUUCAGAAUUUUGUAUGUGGGUAUGAGCAAGCACAGGAAGUCUCUGAUGUAGAUUUGUGUGUGUGUGUGUGUGUGUGUGUGUGUGUGUGUAUGUGUGUGUUUUGAAGUAUGUAUGUACAUUUAUUUCUCCACCUUUAUAUGGUAGCCUGUUGUAUAUGAAAAUCAUCAGUUAUAUUUACUGAAUGCAUUUCAUCAAGGUGUGUUUUAGUCAUGUUAAAUUGCAUUUGGUGCACAUGGUGAUACAAUAUGAAGACUGAUCCUAUAAAAAUCAAGCUUCUCUUGGUUUUCAUAGUUUAGUCAUUACCUUCUGUUCACCUUGCUGCAAAGAGUGAAACAAGAUGAAGCUAUAAAGACCAUCAAGCCAACCUCAGAUUUUAUUUUGAUGAUUGUGAUUUCAUUGAAAUAAGAGAAGCUAAGAAGAUAUAUAUGGUGACAAAACAAUGAAGUCCAACAGAUAAUGGUAAAGGGAACUUAGCUUCUUUGAGUAAGGAAUAAAAUCACUAAAACUGAAGAACAACAUUCUAUUUGUGAUAAUAUUGAAAAUAAAGUGCUGCUAAAGAUAUGCCAAAAUGUCAAAUCACAAAUUCCAGCAGGAAAUAUAAUUAAUGUGCUUCUGAGAUUAUAGGUAUAUGUUCCUGUUAUUUAAGAGAACAUGGCAUUACAGUGCUCUGCUUUUUUAUAAGAUAAUCUUAGAGAUCAGUCUCUCUGAGCAGAGUACAUAAUGUUAAUUAUUUUCUCUAGCAUGGAAAUUCCACAUAUUAUCUCAAAUUUUAAGGUGUGUAAUCCAAAGACUGACUCUGCUUGCUCUCAUGUCAUCUAAGACUGAGGGUUGGCCUAGUCUUAACCAGUUCUCCCACAUUAUUAAUUCCAGUGAACACCAACUCCACUUAAACUUUAUAUAUAUAUAUAUAUAUAUAUAUAUAUAUAUAUAUAUAUAUAUAUAUAUAUAUAUAUAUAUAUAUAUAUAUAUAUAUAUAUAUAUAUAUAUAUAUAGACACACACACACACACACACACACACACACACACACACACACACACACUAGGGUAUACAUUAAUGCAUGAUCAUUAUAAUGUACAACUCUAAUAAUGCACUGAAAUUUUAUUAUUUAAUCGGAAUAGCAAACCAAAAUUAGCAUAACAAACUCACCACUCAUGUGAGCUCUGCAAUUUUAAUGGAAAUUUAAUUGGAAUAACAAAACGUGACAAGAUGAACUUGCCAUUCUUGUGAGCACUUAAAUUUUAAUAAAAAUUUAAUCAGAAUAACAAACUAAAGCCUGCAAGACUAAGACUAACUCACCAGCUGUAUGAGCCACUGCUCACCCAUCUGCCAUCUGUCUAUUCCUCCCUUUUUUUCUUUCUUCUCCCUUCUUUCAUCUUGUCUCAAACCUCCCUUCCUGCCACCUCCCCUCCCCCUUAUCUGUCAGAGAUUAGGACAAGUGAGUUGUACCUCUCUCUCUCUCUCUCUCUCUCUCUCUCUCUCUCUCUCUCUCUCUCUCUCUCUCUCUCUCUCUCUCUCUCUCUCUCUCUCUCUCUCUCUCUCUCUCUCUCUCACUUUGUCAUUUUUGCUUCAUACUUUCCCACUCUUUCUCAUUCAUAUAUGUAAUUCCAUAUCAUUCUCAAUCAGUCUCAUUCUAUUUAACAAUCCUUAGGAUUGUUCUUACUUUCAGAGAGAGAGAGAGAGAGAGAGAGAGAGAGAGAGAGAGAGAGAGAGAGAGAGAGAGAGAGAGGUAGUUCUGACUUAUGGGGGUUUACUGUAUGUAUGUAUGUGAUGCUGACAGUAGGUAAAUGUGAUCAAUACAAAGUAGUGUAAAACUCAGGAUGAUAAUGCGUGAAACUUGGGGUGGUAAGGAUUAAGGACUAGGCACGAAACUCAGAAGGGUACCUUAUAUAUUUGUUGUGUUAUCUCAAAUGUAGUAGUGAAAAUAUGGUCUUUUUUUUUUUUUUUUUUUUUGUGUAAUUUUUUUAUAUUAUUUUCUGGCUCCCUGGAACUAAUUAAUUUUUUUUUCCAUAGGUUCUUCAGUUGCCAUAAUGCACAUUUGCCAUUGGAACAAAUUAUGUUUUUUUGUUGUGUACCCCACAAAGUUAAAGGCAAAAAUCUGAUAAAAGCAGUGGUGAGUGGGUCAGGAGUGCCACAACCUCUAAUCCCUUCUCCCCAUUCCCUACCCUCCUCUCCCUUCCCUCUCUCCAUUCAUCCCACCUCUCUCUCUCUCUCUCUCUCUCUCUCUCUCUCUCUCUCUCUCUCUCUCUCUCUCUCUCUCUCUCUCUCUCUCUCUCUCUCUCUCUCUCUGAGAGAGAGAGAGAGAGAGAGAGAGAGAGAGAGAGAGAGAGAGAGAGAGAGAGAGAAAGCUCUGACUUAAGUGGGAAUUACUGUAUGUAUACAUGUGAUGCUGACAGUAGGUAAGUGUGACCUAUACUUGUCAAAGCAGUGUGAAACUCGGGAUCGUAAGAAUUUAGGACUAGGCAUGAGACUCAGGAGGGUACUAUAUAUAUAUUUAACGUGUUAUCUCAAAUGUAAUAAUGCAAAUGUGCUCAUUUUGAUGUAUUUCUCAAAAAUUUUUGAAUUUUUUAUAUUAUUUUCAGGUGCCCUGGAAUCAGUUAAUUUUUUUCCCAUAGGCUCUUCAGUUGCCAUAACUCACAUUUGCCAUAACAAAUGCUACAUUGGAAUGAAUCAUGUUCGUUAUUGUGUACCUUACUAUAUAUAUAUAUAUAUAUAUAUAUAUAUAUAUAUAUAUAUAUAUAUAUAUAUAUAUAUAUAUAUAUAUAUAUAUAUAUAUAUAUAUAUAUUCCAGACCUGUCAGGUAAAUAGAUGUAGAUAGGCAGGGAAAAGGAAACACCUUACAUAUAAUUUUAACUUGUGAUAUUUUGUAAAAUAUGCAGUAUAUGUUUCUUCUACUUCCCUCCUAUAUUGAUGCUGCAGUGACAACAGAACUAUUAAUGUAGCCACAGGUAAUAGGACACUUACAAGGAUCACUUUGCUAAUAAGACUUACAAACCAAACAACCACAUGUUAUAAAUGAAGUCUGUUCAUAAAAAUAUUUUCAAAGCCUUUUUUUCUGUUUUAUUUUAUGAAUUGUUGAUUUUUUUGGCACUCUAGUUGCUGACUGUUAGUUGCUAUUUAUGCCUUUUGAUUUUAUUUGUGGAUGAACAUCUCAUAAAUUUAUGACAAUAUCAUGAGGAAAAGCAGUUGGACCCUUAUUUUGGUAGAUGUGACUAGAUCAUAUUAUAAAGAUUAGUGCAGGCAGUGAAGAUACAUGGAACACAGACUACAUUGGAGACAAAUAAACAAGAAACUGAACAUAACAUUCUAAAAUAUUGUCAAGCAUACUGCUACAAUUUAGUGUUUCACUGUAAUCGAAUCACUUGUAUGUAUUGUCUUCCUAUUGUGCUCCUUUAUAUUAUUGACAGUUUUGUAAUAUAAUAAGAGGAAGUUGUGAUGAUACAAAAAUUAAUGUGACUCACUAAUAAUUUGUGAUUCACGAGGAUAAUAUAUACAAACAAUCUUAUAAUACAGUGUCCAUCCUAAAAGAAAAACUAUUACUGCUGAUUCUAACUUAUACUUGCUGUGCAACCAUCCACUGCAGGAGUGAGAAACUACUUGAAGCAACAUAACAUAACAAACAUCAUUGUAAAAUCUUGCAACAUACCUAUGAAAAGAGAGCCUCAUUACACCAUUAAAUUAAUACAGUAGAACCUUGGUUCAUGAACUUUAUCAGUUCCCAGUCUUGGUUCCAUUGAAACUUAUAUAAAUACAAUUAAUGUUUUACCCUCAGAAAUAUGGUAUUUUUACACGUGUUUUUUCUUUCUUUCUUUCUCAGAUAAGUUAACAGAGAGAGAGAGAGAGAGAGAGAGAGAGAGAGAGAGAGAGAGAGAGAGAGCAUUAUCGGUAGUUGUGAAGGUCACUGGUUGACAUAUCUACAACUCCUCUCUCUGGAUAUAGUGAAUUUUUUUGGUUUAGCAAGCCACCCUCCCCCAUAUGUGUUCAUUACUGAUGAUAUAAUGUAAUUUACAAUAACUGGAGGAAUAAACCAGGCUCUUUGGGCCAAAAGACAUUAACACUUUUCUCCUUCUUAGGUAGCAUAAUGGGUGUUAGAAUAACACAAAAAAGGGAAAUGAGAAGAAAAUGUUUUGAACACUACUCAUGAACAAUGUUUAUACCAAGUGCACUAACAUACAACUGAGCACGAGGUUUCAUGGAUUAUGGGUAAUGUGCAUUCAUAUCUCAAAGCAUUGUUCAUGAACUAAGCUAAAAUUAAUUCACAAAACUAGUUCAUGAACCAGUUUCUUUGAUGUGAGGUGUAUAAAAUAAAACAUUAUCCAGCUGGCCACUACAUUCACAUAAAAUAACAUAACAUAGCAUGUACUUUUCAGUCAAUAAAAUCUUAUAAUUAAUCUCACCCACUGUAAUGUGCAAGCAGACCUUGUAAGUACCUGUAAUUUAAAUAUUAAGGCUAUCAAUCCCCACAUCAUCCCACAUGUUUCUUUUAUCCAUCUUAAAACAUCACAACCACACAUACAACUUGAUACCAUGCCCAUUCAAUCUCCAAUAACCUGAGACAUGAGUAAGUGGAAUGUAUGAAUGCAGGUGAGUAAAAAUUAUUUGGCUAGAAAAAAAUAACUACGAAGUGGUUCUUGGGAUUAGUGACACAGAUGCUUAGAGUAAGUUAUAUAAAUUAAAUAAUUUAAAAUACAGCCAAAUUUGAAAGAAAAUGAGGAUGCAAAUACAGUGGUACUCUGACUUAUGAGUUUAAUUCAUUCCAUGACAGAGCUUGUAAGUCAAUUUGCUCAUGUGUCAAAUCAAUUUUCCUCUUUGAAAUGAGCUGAAAUGCCAUUAAUCCAUUCCAACCCCCAAAAAACACCCCAAUCUUUUUUUGUUACAUAUUUUUAAAUACAGUAACCUGUUGAUGUAACGAACUUCUGCUUACCAAAUUUCUGGUAUCACAACCCCUUUAAAGCUAUCAAACACUAAUUUAUGAAACUGCAAAUUAUGGCAUAUUUCAAAAUUAUCUAAUGCUUGCUUUAUUUUAUGAACAUCCUAGGUCUUAAAAUGCAGGAGAGUCAGCUGAUAUACAGUCAACUGCAUGUUUGAGAGAUGAAUUGUGGUUGUGUGUAGCCAGUGACUGACCUUGACAAUGUCUGAUGACAUAUCUCUCUCUCUCUCUCUCUCUCUCUCUCUCUGUGUGUGUGUGUGUGUGUGUGUGUGUGUGUGUGUGUGCAAAUUUAUCAGAGUGAGAGAGAGAGAGAGAGAGAGAGAGAGAGAGAGAGAGAAGAGAGUGUGUGUAUCGAAUCAUCAGCUACUAGCAGGGUCACUAACUGGUUGUCACACAGCCACAAUUUAUAUUCUCUCUCUCUCUCUCUCUCUCUCUCUCUCUCUCUCUCUCUCUCUCUCUCUCUCUCUCUCUCUCUCUCUCUCUCUCUCUCUCUCUCCUCAUAUGUGUUUACUAUAUUGAGCGUUUACUGUGAGAAAAUAUAUUUAUAAAUAAUAAAUGUUUAAAAUACAUGAAGUAAAUAAGUGAGAUGAGAAAUGUUGGGCAGAUGUUGUGGCACUUGCUGUGCCAACAAGCAGCAGCAUAGAUGAAGCUUGCUUGUAUCUCAGAUUUUGGCUAGCAACACAAAGCAAAAAAGUGUUCAAGUGACAGAUCAUAUCUCAAAAAAUUCAUAAUUUGGGGCACUUGUAAGUUGAGGUACCACUGUAAUUACAAGAAUGCAAGAUUGUGAGAUUUAAGCUAUUUCAGCCAUGAUUAUUUUAAGAAUCUCUCAAGAUCAGUGAAACUGACAAUGGAUGGCAAUUAAAUCACAUCAACAAGCAUCCAUACGCUCAUUAAUUGAAGGAUAAUGUUCUCUCUUUUUAUUUGGUGGAAUGAGGUUUGUACCCUGCUCAGAUUGCAAAGAUUUUCAUAGCUGAGUGAGCAGUUAUUGUCCUCUUUAAGCAAAAGAAUAGGAUGUAUAGUGUGUGAAAGAUCACAGCCUUACCCAUACAUCAGACUGUAUGAACUCUUAAGCUUUCACUGGGGAGGUAUUGCUGGCAAACAAGUCUACCUUUCAAGACCAUGGUGAAUUGAAUACUUUUCUUGUAGUAGUUCAUACUGUUGUGUGCUGCAGGGUUAAAUAAUUCAAAUGUAUACAGUUCAUGAUCUCAGUCAUGAAUGACAUGGAAUAAAAAAGUGACUAGUAAUUAUCCUGCUUGACUCAAUUACAAGUAAUUAUAAUAUAAUAAUAAAAGUGACUAGUGAUUACUUGCUCAUGACUCAAUAGCUAGUGUUGAUAAAAAUAUGUAAUAUUGCACUAGUUAUAGCAUCAUAUAAAGUUCCUUGCUCAGACAGUUGCUAUAUGGGCAUAAAUAUAAUGAAUAUCUCCAUCAACUCUAAUUGUUUAGUGCAAUAUUAAUUUCUUUUAUAUGAACAAAAUUACAUCACUACCUUAAUCAGUAAAAUAACCCUCAUAUUUGUCCCACACACCAUACUAUAACUAAUAUAAAUUAUUUGUUUGACACAGAGUCAAAUGCCAAAGUGUUGAUGUCAUUCUGUUUCCAAAGAAAUUAACAGCACUUCUACAGAUUUUCUUUUAGGAUUGCAUAAAAUAAUUACAGUUAAGAUGGUGAGGCAAAUAUAUUGCUCAUUCAUUGAUGGUGCAAAAUGUUAAUGUCACUGGGUCAUUACAAAGGUUCAAUGUAUAGCUAAUAAACAGUACUGAACAUUUUAAAACCUGUGACUUAAAUUUAAAAAAAUGGUGAUCAAACACUGCUGAUAUGUAAUGUAUAGCUAUGCAGACUGUGUGGGAAAUUAAAACUUGUAACUAAUAAAACUAUGAUAGAAGGUUAUACAA